AUGUAUUUUCCCAUAGGAUGGCCCAAAGUUCUGAAGAACUUAGGAACAGAAUCAAUUAUGCAAAUAGUGUCCAAUAGAGACAAAAUUUUGUUUGCAUCACUUAGCGAAGAAUGUUUUGGUGUUUGGUUUUGUAAGCCUAGUGUUCCAAUAGUAUACCACAGACGAACAUCGGAAUCUAUACAAAGACUUGGAGUGAAUGUUGGCAUUGAAUGGAAACCAGAUUCAUCCAUGAUAUGUAUAUCGACAUCAGAGGGCCAUUUGAUAUUAUAUAAUGUGGAAUCUCAAAAUGAACAAUCGGCAUAUCAACAGUGUGAUCCACCAACGGCCAGCCUUAGAAGAGAUUCAGCUGAACUGUUUGUUAAAGAAGUUAUAACAUCACUGAAAAUAACUUUGUUCAAAGAGAUCCUUGUAUGGGAUGGUCAUAUAACAAGAAUGUGUUGUAUAUCAGGCACAGAAAUACUUGUGUGCACUACAAGAGCCCACCUACUGAGAUAUCGUUGGGACGGCAGUCAAAAUAGGGACUACUGCCUUGAUCUUGGAAGGAUCCCCUUUUCUAUCAAUCAACAAGUCUCGAAAGCUGAACCAAUUCUAGAAGAUAACACGCAUGUCAAUGACAUAGAAUAUUCUCCUCUAGUGUGUGGUUUUGGCAUUACUUUAAACGAUGGCAGAGCGGCUUAUCUCACAGCACCCAAUCUUAAGUUUGAUCCCAACGCAGUACAGGGUAUAUGGGCACAAGGCAUCGAUGACGCUACCUGUGUAAGGGUGAACCACAAGUUCCGUCUUAUAGCUAUUGGUAGAAGAAAUUCACAAAUAGAUGUCUUUACCAUCGACGAGUUGACCGGUGGGUUGGAACUCUCUCACACUAUGCUACUCAGCUCAAAGGAUUUUCCUGGUGACCCUGGACCUGUUAAAUGUAUGAGGUGGUCGGGCGACGGUCGCGCGGUGGCCGCUUGUUGGGAACGAGGCGGAGUGUCUGUCUGGAGCACCUUCGGAGCCCUACUCGCGUGUUCCCUGGCGUGGGACUACGGCCUAAGUCGAGAUCUCGCCAAAGACAACCCUCUCGUCGUAUGCAGUAUGGAGUGGGCGACGGAGGGUUAUCAGCUGUGGAUGGUAAAAGUCGAGGAUGAAACAAAGUCCAAUUUAAUACAAAUGGAUUUCGUUAAGAGUCCCCUCACUGUAAAUCCUUGUAUGAGCAACCAAAGACAUUUGUAUUUGCAAGCUGAUGACAAGCUAUACAUCAAUUUAGAGGAUAAUCUGACGCGGCGUACUAAGAUAUCAAUGGAUGAUUACUCCGAUAUGUAUCAAGAGAAUGGCAACGACCAGUCCUUGGAGUAUGAGAGUGCGGCCAAGUACAAGGAGUUUGUUGAUGAUAAUGAGUGUAGGAAGCAGUGGACAGUGCUACAACUACCUGCCACUUAUAUAGCUAGCAAUUGGCCCCUGAGAUACAGCGCGGUGGACACGAGCGGGGCCCACGUGUGUGUGGCGGGCCGGGCGGGCCUCGCGCACUACAGCAGUGUAUCGAGAAGAUGGAAACUGUUCGGUAAUGAGGCCCAGGAGAGAGAUUUUGUAGUGACCGCGGGCCUGCUGUGGUGGAGGGACUAUAUUAUAGCAGGUUGCUACAGUAUGACGUCAUCGCACGACGAGCUCCGCCUGUACCCGCGGGACUCCAAGCUAGACUCCCGCCUGGCGCGCCUCGUGCGUGCGCACGCGCAGGUCCUCACUAUGGACGUAUUGGCCGACCAGCUCGUCGUAUUCGGAGCCGACGCGCUCGUCUCCAUAUACGAACUCACCAGGAUAGAUAACAUGGGGAACGUGGAGGUCCGUUGUGUGCAGGCGGUGGACGUGUCAGCUUUGUCACACCCGGCCUGCGUGUUACAGGCGUCCCUGUGUCGGCUACAAGACGCUCCUGACUCAUUGAUAAUAAAUGCUAGUGGAAAAUUGAUGAUGGUCCAAAGAGAAGAAUAUGAUGUUGACGAAGACAAUAAUCCGUGUCCCAUGAUGCAAAUUUUCGUUUGCUGA